AUGUGGGAAUCAAUCUGCUUAACCGUGGCGGCCACCGCCGGAAAUAACAUCGGAAAAGUCCUCCAGAAAAAGGGCACCCUUAUUCUCCCGCCUCUCUCUUUCAAGCUCAAGGUAAUAAGAGCAUAUGCUUCCAACAGAGCUUGGAUUACUGGCUUCUUGAUGGAUAUAUUUGGAGCUAUCUUGAUGCUGCUAGCACUUUCUCAUGCUCCUGUCUCAGUCAUUCAACCUGUUUCCGGUUGCGGGCUUGCUAUCCUUUCGGUUUUUUCACAUUUUUAUCUGAAGGAAAUCAUGAAUCCUAUUGAUUGGAUGGGAAUAAUUUUUGCUGGUAUUGGCACUAUAGGUGUUGGUGCUGGAGGGGAAGAACAGAAGUCUUCAUCUAUUUCAAUAUACCAUCUACCGUGGCUAGCAUUUGUUGUUGCUGUCUUGUUUGUGCUUCUUAAUGGAUGGCUUCGUGUGUACAGACGUCAAAGACGAGAACAGGAGUUGAUGCAAUAUGAGGUUGUUGAAGAAAUCAUUUAUGGCUUGGAAUCUGGCAUCUUAUUCGGGAUUGCAUCUGUAAUUUCAAAGAUGGGGUUCGUAUUCUUGGAGCAGGGCUUUUCCAAGCUAUUACUCCCCAUUUGCAUCUCCAUUAGCAUUUGCUGCAGUGGUUCUGGAUUCGUUUAUCAGACUCGUGGAUUGAAGCACGGAAGGGCAAUUGUAGUGUCUACUUGUGCAGCCGUUGCUUCAAUUGUAACAGGCGUGCUUGCUGGCAUGCUUGCUUUGGGCGAACGUUUGCCUUCAGCUCCUGUGGCUCGUCUAAUGCUUCUUCUUGGAUGGUUAUUCAUCAUUGUUGGUGUGAUUUUGCUUGUGACCUCAACACGUCUGGUUAGAUACCUCCCGAGGCCAUGGAGACGAUUUGUGAGAAGUGGAGUGGAGAGGAGGCAGCCGGGUUCCAUCCGAACGAGGGAAACUAACCCAAGCGCUGUUAUCCAAACGAGCACGCUGCACCAUUUACUGUCAUCCCCUUCUAAAUCGAAAUCUUGA